UAAUAGCCCAGAAUACGAUUAAAAUUACCAAACAAGAGAUAACUGAGAAAUUGUAAAUGAAAUUAUUAAUUAUUAUUCAUAAUUAAUUGUAAUAAUAAAAGAAAAAACAAAUUUAAACCGAAAUUUUAAGAGCGGAAGAAGGAAAAUAACUGUAAUAAUUUUGGAAAUAAGAAAAUAUUAAAAAAAUUAAUAAUUAUUUUUAUUGUUAUGUGCAGUUAUUAAAAUUUUAUUGAAAUAAAAUUAAAAAAAAAUCAACAUUAAUAUAAUAACAUACAUACAAAUAUACAAAGUGAAUAAAAUAUUACACAAAAUAUAAAGGUUGAAUUUUGUAAUAACGGUAAAAAAAAUUUAAAAGAAAGGAAAGUGUUAAGAUAACAGUAAAAAUAGUGAAUUUAUUUUGUUUUUAAAAAUUUCUUAAUAAUAUUGAAAUAAUUUUUUUAAUAUCUUUAAAAAUUUGAAAUUUCAAUAAAAAUAUUCAUUCCGACGGUGUUAUCAAGAUAUCAAGACUAUAUAGCUAUAUAUAAGAAGCAUUUUAAGAAGGAUUCAAAAAUUUCAAAUUGUAUAUUUGAGGAAUUUGAUUGAGAACGAAGAAUUUCCUGAUUUAAGACUAUAAUAUUUUUGAUUUUUGUGAUAUACUUAUAUAAAAGAUUUCGAAUUUAUUUUCAAAAUAUACGCAAACAUGCAUAAUUUUAUAUUAUACAUUGUGGUAUUAAUAAAUAUGGUUGCAGGAUUGCCAGUAUCAGAACGAAAUCCAAUUGAUGAAUUAUAUGAAAAUUUAUUACAACGAGAAGAUAUCGGCCAAAUAGGUUUCCCAAAACAUGAAGUUGAACGUAAAGCUCAACGAUCACCAUCAUUACGAUUACGUUUUGGUAGAUCUGAUCCAACAUUCUUAAAUUUUAAUGAACAUUCACUUGCAAAACGUUAUUAUAAUUGGUUUGGAGAUGUUAAUCAAAAACCAAUUAGAUCACCAUCAUUACGAUUAAGAUUUGGUCGACGAAGUGAUCCAUCAGUACCAUUACAUUCCGAUAUGGACCGUUCAUCAUCACCAAAUGAAAUUUUUCCAUUAUCUGAUUCAACAAGUCAAUCUGUACGAAUGUUAUUGGAAGCAUUAAAACAAAUUGAAGAGGAAAAUAAUAAUCAAUAUUUUGAUAAAGAAAAUAAUAAUGAAAAUGAAAAUACAAUAUUAUAUGAUACACCAAAUUCAAUUGAUGAACAAAAUCAACAACAUUCAGAAAAUCAACAACAACAAUUUGAUCGGGAAACAAGAAAACAAAGAAAUUCACAAUUAAGAUUAAGAUGGGGUCGCAGUACUGGAAAUAUUCCACCAUCAGUAAAUAAUAUGGAUAAUAAUCAAGAAAAAUUAAUUGCAUCCACGAAUAAUGAAUCAUCCACGGGAAAUAAAAUUAAUAAAAAUUUGUCACCAUCUUUAUCAACAUUUUCAACUAAUACAGCAAUUUCAACAGCAACAAAUGGAAAUGAAAAUAAAAAUUAAAUUAAUUUAAUUAUAUGGAAAAAAUUUAAGUUUAAAUUUUAAAAAAGAAAAAAGUAUGAAAUUAUAUCUGUUGCAAAAUUUACAAAAAAAAAAAAGAAAAUUAUUCAAAAAAAAUUCAAUUAUACAUAUAUACAUAUAAUUACAUAAAUUUUAUUUUAGAAUUUAUACUUACAUAUACACACAAACAUUAUUCUACAAUAUAAUAGCAA